AUGUCGGAGGAGGAAAAGACUUCCACUCCCACCAAACCCUCCGCCGUGGCACCUAACAGCCCCCGCGCCGAGUCACCAACCACUGCGCGACCCUUAGACUUUGACGAUGAGCCUCAGGAUCAAAAUGCUCAGUCCAUCGCUGCUGCCACUGCCCAGCAAAGCGCUCCGCAGACUGCCACCGAGGCCGCCCCAGUUGCCCCGCCGAAGCCACCCCGGCCUUUGGGCCCGAGAGAACAGUCGGAAAUUACCCUUAGAGAGGCUUUCCCAAGUGUUGAUCCCGGUGUGAUCAAGGCUAUCCUUACUGCGAGCAAUUGGAACGUUGAACGGGCAUUUAAUGCGCUCCUCGGCAUGACCGACCCGACAGCGCAAGAAGAUAUGGUUCCUCCUCCGAAACCUCCCCGUCCGUCCCAACAGCCUACUUCUACCACCCAGAAACAAAUGGAGGCCGACGAAACAUAUGCGCGCCAACUCGCAGAGCACUACAAUUCUUCAGGACGCCGGGCACCUGCUCCUGGGUGGGAGAACGAUCCGCGGUACCGCCAGCCUAGAGGAAGCGAGGAUUCGGAAGAGAAAGACUACAGCUUCUUUGACGAUGAUCUACCCGUUAUUCGUGAGAAUCUUCGAAAGGGAUUCUUGGAGACACAGUCGAAGGUCAACUCGUGGGUCACAAAUUUCAAGAAGAGAAUUGAUGGAGAUGAUUUGGAAGAAGAGCCUCAGCAAAACGAUGAGCAGCCCUCGCCUUAUGGACGCCCACGACGCAGUGGUGACAUGGGCCGUCGCAGUGGAGAUCGUGAGCGCUAUGAUGCGGAUCCGCAGGUACUGGGUGAUGACUUCUCUGCUCUUGAGCUGAGGGACUCUGAAGCUCCCCCGCCACGCCCUCCUCGCCCCGGCAACCAGAGCCUGCAGAAGACAUCCUCGCCCUCGCCUGAUAGGCGAAAGGUGUCCUUCCAGGAUGGCCCGCCCUCUGAGAUUGACACCGGCAACCGCUCCUCAGCGGGAAAGUCUAGCAAGUGGCAGCCACUGGCCACUGUUGAGCCAUCCCCCGUUGCUGAGAACGACCCGUUCAGCCUUGGAGACAGCGAUGACGAGAAGGAGACCAAGCCUAAGGAGCAGACCGCCGUGCCUGAGAGCGAACAGCUCAAGAAGGCCACCGAGGAAGCCAUGUCCGUCGAGAUUGGCUCUUCCAAGGACAGCAAGACUGAGGAGUCUUCAAAAUAA